UCACCAGGACACACAGCUAAAUAUGGAUCAUUUUGUUUGAUGGAUCUGGAGCUGAGACAGAUACUUGAUGUUCAACUAGUUCAGAGCAAUGAAGUCAAAAGUUCAUAUUGGAUGGAAAUGGAGGGUUUGACGAGGUGCCUUAAGAGAGUGGAAGAGGAGGGAGUAGUUAUUAGUGACCUUGUUACUGACAGACAUCCCCAGAUUAAAGCUUACAUGAAAAAAGAAAGAAAUGAGAUCAACCAUUGGUUUGAUGUGUGGCAUAUGGCCAAAGGGGUGUUUAAAAAGUUGGAGGCUAUUGGGAAGAAGAAGAAGUACAAGCAAGUGGGUGAUUGGGCCCGGUCAGUUUCAAACCACCUAUACUGGAGUGCGGCAUCUAGUGAAGGAGAUGGUGAAUUGGUGUCUGAGAAAUGGCUGUCUAUCCUCAACCACAUCACUGAUGUUCAUGAGGGUCAUGGGAAGCGAUUCCCCAAGUGCUUACAUGGUGACCUGGAGGACAGAGAUUGGAUUAAGAAAGGUAGUCUAGCUUUCCAGGAGAUGGAAAAAGUUGUUAAGGGCAGACUGCUGGUACAAGACAUUAAGAAACUCUCCCCUGCAGAGCAAACUUCAGCACCUGAAGCCUACCACAUUGUAGUGUGUCAUUUUGCACCCAAAUCUUUGCAUUUCUUUUAUGCUACAAUGAAGGCCAGACUUUACAUUGCAGCCCUGCACUUCAAUGAAAACUCCAGCCGGGAUCAAGCUGUAAACAAAAGUGGAGAGCUAAUUUAUUCUGUGUCAUAUCCAAAAGGCAGAAAUGGAGCUGGCAUUCCAAAGGAAGUCAAAGUAAAGCAAACAUACAAUUAUGCAAUGGUUUUGAUACAAGAAGUGAUCAAAGUGAGACUGGAGUUUGGUUCGUACAGUGAGUCCAGAAAGAGUCGUGAGGCUGCCAUGGUGAACUGUCCUGCUCCAAUUGCAUCCUCGUACCAACAUGUCCCAAAGUCAGAACUUGUGGAGCGCCAUAUCUGUCGGUUUAAUAAAAAAUGUUAGUUUACCAUACAAUCAUGAACAAACAAAAUGAAUU